UUGCAGUUGCUCUGCUUGUUUUCAGGCUGCGAAGACGCCUACCUGCAAGUGAGGAUGGAGAAGUACGAGAAGAUUGGGAAGAUCGGAGAGGGCUCCUACGGCGUCGUCUUCAAGUGCAGGAACAAAGACACGGGACAGAUUGUGGCCAUCAAGAAGUUUGUGGAAUCUGAAGAUGAUCCCAUCAUCAAAAAGAUUGCUCUGAGGGAGAUCAGGAUGCUUAAGCAGCUGAAACACGCCAAUCUGGUGAAUCUCAUCGAAGUGUUCCGACGCAAACGGAAGCUCCACCUGGUCUUCGAGUACUGCGACCACACCGUCCUCAACGAGCUGGACCGCCAUCCCAGAGGGUGGUCCAAAAACACACAUCCUAGAGUUCCUGAGCAUCUCGUCAGAAGCAUAACGUGGCAGACUCUUCAAGCCGUCAACUUCUGUCACAAACAAAACUGCAUUCACCGGGACGUGAAGCCCGAGAACAUUCUGAUCACCAAACACCAAGUCAUCAAACUCUGUGACUUUGGAUUUGCAAGGAUUCUCACGGGCCCUUGUGACUACUACACAGACUACGUGGCGACCCGCUGGUACCGGGCCCCCGAGCUGCUGGUGGGAGACACCCAGUACGGCCCCCCCGUUGACGUGUGGGCAAUCGGGUGUGUGUUCGCUGAGCUCCUCUCAGGGAUUCCUCUGUGGCCCGGGAAGUCCGACAUGGACCAACUGUACUUGAUCAGAAAGACUCUUGGAGACCUGAUCCCUCGACACCAGCAGGUGUUCAGCAGCAACCAGUUCUUCUGUGGAGUUUCCAUCCCGGAGCCACCGGAGAUGGAACUUUUGGAGCAUAAAUAUCCAAACCUCUCACACCAAACUCUGAGCCUCAUGAAGGGCUGCCUGAGAAUGGACCCGGCCGAGCGGCUGAGCUGCGAGCAGCUCCUGCAGCACCCGUACUUCGACAGUAUGAGAGAAAAGAGCGAGAGCACGUCGCGAGAGCAGGAUCGCAUCGGCAGUAAGAGGACGCGUUUGCCUCGGAGACACCUGCCCCCCGGGCAGUAUUUGCCGCAGCUGACCAGCAGCAGCAUCUUUCCGGCCCUGGACAAUAAGAAGUACUACAACAACCUGCGCAAGUUCAACUACCACCUCCCAAACAUCUGA